CGGACGCCACAACGUAAACAAUCUGUCUCUAUCAAUCGACAAACUGUCACAUUUUGAGGAUGAUUUUCGACCAAAUAUAGCGAGUCAAGUAUUGUGCGACAAUUUGGAUAAUGCAGAUCAUGCUAUAAAUCUAAGAAAAGAAUACAAAAAUGAGAAAAAAUCUGGCAUAUCAGGAUUUGGAUAUCAUUCCUCCAAAUUUGGCAGAAACUGAGGGUGAAUCUUUGCAAGAAAUAGAUCUGACUCACAAUAAAAUUUCUGACCUUCGAUUUCUGAUAGAUUUUCCUAGACUAACAUGCUUAGUUCUGGAUCACAAUAGUAUUGAGUCACAUGUGAAAAUCCCAACUUCCACCAAUCUUCAAACUUUGUGGGUAAAUCACAACAAAAUUAAGAAUCUAGGUUUGUUUAUCUCCACACUGUGUAAGUCUUGUCCAAACCUGAAGUUUCUGUCAAUGAUGAACAAUGAAGCUGCCCCUAGUUACUUCAAUGGAGGCACAUACCAGCAGUACAUGGAUUACAGACAUUUUGUCAUUGCACAUUUUCCCAAGCUGGAGGUCCUCGAUGAUAAGAAGAUUGAAGAAAAUGAGAGAUCUGAAGCAAAGAGAAUUUAUCGACGCAAGGUUUCUACAUCAAAGCAAAAAUCACUGAGGAAAAAGUCCGAGACCUGAUUUAUGAGAGGGACAAACUAUGAAUCACAGACCGCAUUAUGCAGCAUAAAUUACAUAACACUAGAAGAAAAAGUGUAUGCAUGUAAAAGAAUGAUUUAUUAGGAAGAAACAAUUUUUCAGUGACCAGAUUUCAUGACAUCAUAUAUAUAUGUAUAUGCAUAGUGUAUUGUCUUGCAUAGGUCAUCAUUAGGCAAUCAUAAAAAAAAUUUGUUUGAUGUACUCUGACCAACAUUUUUUUUCAAGGUGGGUAGGUAUUUUUUUUAAUUAUACAAUACAUUGAAAAAGAUCACAAAAAUCGCAGAGUUAGAAAUUUACUGAUGUUUUCAUUAUACAAUGGACAAGUAGAAAGAUUUUUUAUUUAAAUAAUGCUGAAAACUGAGAAUCUAAAAAUGUCUUUAAAAUGAUAAACCUUAACUUUCAAUCUUAAUUUUCGAUACCCCCCCCCCCCCCCCACAAAAGAUAAUAACAAAAAAAAAAUAAUAGAAAAAAGAUUAUGAAGUACUGAAAAAAUGAUCGGUUAGGGAUGACUUUAAUGGGUGGUGGAAUACACCAAACAAGUCAUUUUUAUUGGUGGUCUUGAUUACUGUAGCAACUUUCUUUUGUGGAUUAAGUAUAUGUUGUGGUUAUCUUUCUUUGAGCUGUAGCGACUUACAGGCUUACAUACAAUGUUGUACUUCUGUACAGAUGCAUGUGCUAACUAAGUGUAAAUAUUUUAUUCCUUGCACAAAUAAAGAGCUCUCCAAGUUACA